AUGAGCUCAUUUGGUCGCAACUUUAUCCCUUUCUGUAUCGCCGUCGUCUUCGGCGUAGCGAAUGGCUACUAUGCGUUUAGUCCCUACUUCAAGGACCAGAAAGAUACUCUUCAGAUGCCAAUAGCAAAGGACACAGCCGAGGACGCGAAUGUCAAGCGGGCUGCCGCACUUCAGCCUGGACAGCCACCCCGAGAUCCUCCGUCCAACCGCUAG